UAAGAAGAAGAACUUGUGGGGUUUUGUUUACAUCGAUGUUUAUAGAUAGAUGUACGCUUACUUUCGCUAUGUCGACAAAAAUGCACCACAUAUUAGUCUUGUCUGGUUACUAGAGGUCUGGAUGAGUUGUGUGAGUUAAGCACUGCACACGAUGACAACAGAGUCGGCCAGCCUGGAGAGCCUGCGUGUGCUGCACCAGAGCGACGACUACAUCGUGGUGGACAAGCACUGGGACAUCCGCAUCGACAGCAAGAUGUGGUACGAGAAGCACACCGUGCAGGCGCAACUCGGCCACCGCUUCCCUCAGCUGGCAGACCCGAGCACCUACUAUGGAUUCAGGUUCUGUCAUCAGUUGGAUUUCUCCACAAGUGGGGCUCUUUGUGUCGCCCUCAAUAAGGCUGCUGCCGGACGAGCUUACCGCUGCUUCAAGGACCGCACCGUCACCAAAGCCUACCUCGCCCUGGUUCGUGGCUGGGUGGAGGAAGAGACACAAACCUUGGACUUCUCCAUUGGCAAGAACUCCUCAGAGGGAAAAACACACAUGAUGUGCAUCGAGGGAACAGAAGGUUGUGAGAACCCGAAGCCUUGCCAAACUGGGCUGACGGUGUUGGAGUACGGAUUGUACGAUGGAGACUCCGUCACCAAAGUGCUACUGCAGCCGCUCACUGGCCGAACACACCAGUUAAGGGUCCACUGCAGCGCAAUAGGCCACCCCAUCGUCGGGGACUUCACCUACAGCUCUGGAGCGGACGACGCCCCGUACCGCAUGAUGCUGCACGCACACCUCCUCCACAUUCCCCUGGAACCUGAGCCCCUGCUGGUCUCUGCUGGAGACCCCUUUCUCCCCACGGCGGAUCCCAAGUGGCUCCCGCAGCGUUCGUUACGGACUCUGCCGGCCACCGUGGAGGCCCUGCUGGAGCGCAGGGUGGAGGAGGACAGGAAGAUCAAAGAAGAGAAGAGAGAGAGGGCGAGGCGGGAGGAGGAGAGGAGGAAAGGACGCCGGGGACAGAGGAUUGGGGAGGAGAGUGAGGAGCAGAGGAGGCAGUGUCAGGAGUGGCUGAGUGAAUGGUCUGAGGACUGAUUUAAUGUUAUGUAUUUUAAAUUAUUUUAGCUGUUCACUAAUGAAGGUGACGUUGAGCGUGCAUGCUCCAUCUCACUGACCCCUCGUUGCAUUUAAGUGGCAUACACAGCAGUAAACCCAGUACCUUAAUUCCCUCACCAACGAGUCACAAACAUGAUUUUAGAGGAGACAUGUGUGAGCAUGUAAGCUGCUGCUUUCUUAUUUAACAACUGGGAGCUUCCCACUAAAACCAGCCUUGAAAAGUGAUUCGCUGAGCAGUUCCACCACGGUAGCUGAGAUAUAAGUGCCUUGCUCAAGUUCAUGUUGAUAAGUGAGGGGUUGGGUUGAUGCCAUAUCUUUUGUCUAAUACACAUUCCCCCCCUGAAAAGUGUAAGAAUUUUAAUUUGGUGUAUGGUCAUGUGACUUAACUCUGAGCAGCAGCAAUUGUUUUUUCUCAAUGUCUAAAUGCUCAUAACUUCAUGUGUGUUGUCACAUUCACUGCAUGGCUGUAACAUGCAUGGAGUCCCAUAUAACAGCAUUAAGCAUACUACAAUGUAUGUUUCUGUGCAUUUCUGUUAUUUCGUCAUUUUACUGCUUUGAAUCAAACUGUUUCCAACACAAAAAAAGGUUUAUGUCAAAGUAACAACAAAUACAAAUGCAGUACAAAUAUAAAAAGCUAAAUAAAUGUUUGAACAAUAAUUCAGCCGCGUCUUUACAUCGUUAUGUUUUCUGUCAAUUGGACUGGAUAUCCUUUGGGUUAAAAA